AUGGAUGCUCCAAUUGAUGACACGACGGCACAAAAGAUAUUCAAGGCAAUAGAAGAACAAAACGACAUUCUCAAGAAGAUGGGGGUUUGUCUCACCAAGCUAGAGGAUACCAAGUUUAAGAAAUCCAUACAUGUGGAUAUAUAUGAUGAAGAUGAAGAUUGGGAUGAAAAGGAUAAGGCCGAGUAUGAGAGAAACAAGCAAUUUGAGAAGCUCACCGCAGAUACCGUGGCCAUAAAGGAGAAAAUGGAAAAGAUGCAACUGGCCUUUCGCAAGGCCCAAGGGAUGGAUGAUUGUCUCUACAAUAUGGGUGGCAUAAGCUCUAAGACUCUCAUUGCAUUGCCUCCAAUGUUCAAGAUUUUUGUUGCAGAAAAGUUUGAUGGGACUGGAGAACCAAAGCAACAUGUUAGAAGAUAUCUAAGCAUUGAUAAAAUGAAAGGAUUAGAUGAGAAGCAAACUUUGCACGCUUUCCCUCUCUCACUUAUGGGAGGUGCAUCGAGGUGGUACUAUAGCUUGGACCCAACUAAGACCAAGGUGCGGAAUGAACUAGUAAAGUUGUUUGUGGAUCAAUUUAUCUUUAAUAUUAUGAUUAAUUUGACUCCAAGGGAUUUGGAGACUACCAAGCAAGGGGUAAGUGAGAUAUUUUUCGAAUACAUGACAAGGUGGAAAAGGAAGGCAUCUAGGGUCGUUAAUAGGCCAAAUGAGAAAAACCAAAUCAACAUGAUCAUCAAGAAUUUGCUUCCGGCAUAUAAUAGUAGGCUCUUGUCAUCGCCUAUUAGUUCUUUUGGAGAAUUGUGUGAUUGUGAAACUAGGAUUGAAGACGCUAUCAAUAAUGGUCAAUUGGAGAAAGGUGAGAGCUAA